AUGGGCUGCUUUAGUCGCUUUUCGGGAUGGAAGCUCACAGCCGUGUACCUCACCAUUCUCGUCAGUACGCUCACGACGCUCCUCUUCGUCACGCUUUUCGUGUCGCUGUUUGCACUGAAGAGUGACGAUGAAGAGGAUGCGUUUACCAAUGGGAGAGAUGCCGGUGACGCGCUGGGCCAGAGUGUUUUGUACAAGGGGAACUGCGACACAACUGCGAAAGCUAACUUGUGGAUUCAUUUGCUCAUCAACAUCGUCAGUACUGGCAUUUUAGCAUCGUCAAACUUCUUUAUGCAAGGUCUUGUUGCGCCGACGCGAGCUGAAGUCGACGCUGCGCAUCGCUCAGGUCAUUGGCUAGAGAUUGGCGUUCAGUCCCUCAAGAACUUCCGUUUUCUCGGCUGGCGAAAAGUUCUCUUCUGGUCUCUAUUUUCCAUGAGCUCUGUUCCGCUUCAUCUCGUCUUCAACGGUUGCGUGCUUGAGAGUAAAGGCACCAAUGGCUUCACAGUCAUGAUUGGCUCUGAGAAGAUAACCCAAGGUGGCUGGAAGGGUCUCCCCUCAAUUACAGCGGCCUUCUACGAUACACUAAACUACAGCGAUAGAUCGCAAGGCGACGGCAACCCAGAAUCUCUGGAGAAGCUAAAGCCUAUCAAUGAUUCCUUUGUGGUCAACUCGGUCAACGCGACCAAAGGGACUUGGUUUGAAAUAGACCUGCGCACAUGCAUGGAUCGAUAUAACAACCCGGAGCAAGCUUUAACGCACUGGCGGCAUUUGAUGAUGAUAAUCUACGACUACGACGAUAUCUACCGAAACAAAACUGUCGGUUGGAAACGAGCUGAUGUAUUGAUGAACACCACCAACACCACGGAUCUCAACGUGAUGAACCCGCUUUGGACGGUGGAUACGUUCACACGUACUGGAAGAACGGGCGAGGCGAGCGGCAAUACUAAUCAGUACUUGUCGGACCCUCAGCCAAGUUAUCUGACGUAUACUUACUCCGAUCGAUUUGGCAAUACGCAGAAUGGCGAACCGUAUAUCAUGAACAUGUACGGCAUGUGGGUUAUGCAAGGUACCCGGAAUGUCUUUGACGCCCAGUCUGGUGCUAUCAUAACAGAUCCAAGAGUUUUUAAGAACAAGUAUCGGGUCAUGCAGGUUGAUCGAUGUUACUCGGAGAAAUACGAGGCGCCGUGUCGACUAAGUAUCGCGAAUAGUCUUUUGCUCAUUGUCUGCAUUAUGUGUCUCUUCAAGACCUUUCUAUGCGUCUUGGUUCUGAAACUUCGUGUUUGGGGGAAUGAGAACCCGCUUAUGACGCCCGGAGAUGCGAUUGCGUCGUUUAUUUCGAGACCGGACGAGGAGACGAGGGGUAUGUGUACGUUGACCAUGGAGGAUUUGAGAAAGACGGCAAAGCCUACGUCGACGAGACUCGGGGAAACGGGUCAGAAUUACAAAUGGCUGCAGGGACCGAGGCAGUGGCAGAACAACUCACCACGCAAGUUUGGAAAGGCUGUUCCUCGAAACAUUUGGGUGCUGUCAUCUCUGCUCAUCGGAUGUUCACUCAUCGUGGCUUCAGUCAUGCUAAGUAUCGCCAUCCAGGGUCAAUCUCUGAGCAAUUCUAAAUUCAUGCACGCACCGCAGAAUGAAGAUGUGAAGGACGAUCAUCUAGAUAACCUGCCUCUUAUCUCACUCACCAUGGUUGCCAACACACCGCAGCUAAUCCUCUCCAUCUGCUACCUUGCAUACAACGGCCUCUUCACACGCAUGCUAGCUGAGUUUGAGUGGUCAAAGUACAGUGUUGAGUUUCGUUCUCUGCGCGUCACGGAACCACGCGGCUCGCAGAACGCGACGUAUCGUCUUCAGCUUCCUUAUCGGUUCUCGAUCCCUUUGAUUAUUAUUAGUAUUGCGCUCCACUGGAUCUACUCCAACUGCAUUUACGUGAGCAAUUACGAAGCAUACGCCCCAGGAUAUCCGUAUAACAGAACCGUCACAGUCGGUCUUCAGUUUUCAUCCAAGGCUAUCUUGGUCGGUCUCCUGGUAUCGAUCGGUGUCGCCAUCACGCCACUCUUCCUCGCCUUCGUAAAACUACCAGGCGUGAUGGUUAUCGCAGGAGCAAACUCGGCAGUCAUUUCAGCCGCCUGUCACUACCCCUCUACAAAACUCAAAUCCCUUAGCCGCGCAACGUCCAAGCUGAGCAUGAGGAGUAACGAGUACGACAGUAUGAGUGCUCGACUGAUAGGCGAUGAAGAAGUAGAAGAACUUCGGGACGUAUCGAGGCGAAAGAUCAAAUGGGGAAGGAUGUCCAUGGGCAAGAGUGAUGAGAGUUCAGUCGGACAUCUCGGCUUCGGUACGGAGGAGCUUGAUAUCGAGAAGCCAGUAGAAGGAGAGUAUUACAGUGGCGUAAAAGACGUCUAUGACGAAGGAUUGAGGAGAAUGCGGGUGUUGUAAUGAUAACAGAAGUUCUGGACGGAAUCCUUCUGAUCGAUUGUACUACUAUGUUACGCUCUGGAUAAAAUCGGUGGCGAAUGGCCUAUUAGAUAGAUUCUUGUACAUAAAAUAUUCAUUUCCGUG